AUGAAUGUGAUAACCGGUAGAAGUAACCCUAAGGAGAAAGGUGUUCUCCAAGUACUUGCCGAAGAAGUCGGACGCCUUAGAAAAAAAUUUGAUUCUAGCGAAGCUACUCUCGUUGCCCGAAACGAUAUUAAGUUUGUUUAUAAACUUGCAAGAGAGGCAGUUGUUUCUCAAACCAGCGGUGCCUAUGGUGAAAAAAGUGAUGCCAACGACGAUGAUGGUCAUGAUGGUGAUAAACAUGUUGACGAUGACGAUCAUGAUGACGAUGAUAAAGAUAAUAAUCCAUGGGCUUAUGGAUGUGGUUUUGAUUAUCCCUCUGGUGGCGUCGACAUCCACUCUGACAUUGACAUCGACUCUUACAUUGACUAUUAUACUCUUUAG